AUGGCUAUUUCAAUUGGUAUUAACGGUUUCGGUCGUAUUGGUCGUUUGGUUUUAAGAGUUGCCUUAUCCAGACCAGAUAUUAAGGUUGUUGCCAUCAAUGAUCCUUUCAUUGCUCCAGAAUAUGCUGCUUACAUGUUCAAAUAUGAUUCUACCCACGGUAGAUACGACGGUGAAGUCAAAUCUGACGGUGAAAACUUGAUUAUUGGUGGUAACACCAUUAAGGUUUUUGGUGAAAGAGACCCAGCUGCUAUUCCAUGGGGUAAAAACUCUGUUGAUUUUGUUAUUGAAUCAACCGGUGUUUUCACCACCAAAGAAGGUGCCCAAAAACACAUUGACGGUGGUGCUAAAAAAGUUAUCAUUACUGCUCCAUCUGCUGAUGCUCCAAUGUUUGUUGUUGGUGUCAAUGAAGAUAAAUACACUUCAGACUUGAACAUUGUUUCCAAUGCUUCUUGUACUACUAACUGUUUAGCUCCUUUGGCUAAAGUUAUUAACGAUAAAUUCGGUAUUGAAGAAGGUUUAAUGACCACUGUCCACUCUUUAACUGCCACCCAAAAGACUGUUGAUGGUCCAUCCCAUAAAGACUGGAGAGGUGGUAGAACCGCUUCCGGUAACAUUAUUCCAUCUUCUACUGGUGCUGCUAAAGCCGUCGGUAAAGUUAUUCCAGAAUUAAACGGUAAACUUACCGGUAUGUCUUUAAGAGUUCCAACCGUCGAUGUUUCUGUUGUUGAUUUGACUGUUAGAUUGAAGAAAUCUGCUACUUACGAAGAAAUCUCUGAAGCCAUCAAAGCCGCUUCCACCGGUGAAUUGAAGGGUGUUUUGGGUUACACCGAAGAUGCCGUUGUCUCCACCGAUUUCUUGGGUUCUUCUUACUCUUCUAUCUUUGAUCAAAAAGCUGGUAUCUUAUUAUCCCCAACUUUUGUCAAAUUGAUUUCUUGGUACGAUAACGAAUUCGGUUACUCCACCAGAGUUGUCGAUUUAUUAGAACACGUUGCUAAAGCUUAA